CUGAAGGUGACGAGAUCAGCCGCGCGAGGCGCAGUCACGUGACUGACGUCGAGAUCUGUCAAGGAGGCGCUGAUCUAUCUUAUCUAUUAUGUGAGGAGAUGGAGAGCAUCAGGGAGGAUCCAUCGCCGGUGUUCAUGGCGGUCGGCAUGGCUGACGAGACGGCGGAGCUCCGGCCGCGGACUGAGUCGCAUGUGACGGACAGCGGCACCCAUGCUCCGCUGCCGAGUGAUGACACGGAUGAGCUGGCGGAGGUGGGAUUCUUCGUGUCUGACGAGGAGCGGCUUUCUUGCUUCGACUUCAGCUUGGCUGACCGGUGCUUGCAUCACCUCUUUCUGCUGCACUCGCCAUGCACCGUCGACUACAGCGGCCGGUCGGUGCUGCUGCCGUGGACACGACAGGUGUCGUACCUGCGGCCCAUCUACGCGAUUCCCCUGGUGGCUGAUGAAGACCAUUCAACUGGGAUUGAGGAGUACCUUCUGACGCAGCGGUGUCGGUUUUCGUAUCUGUACCCCUCGUACAGCCUGGUGCUGGUGCUCGACCUCUCGCCCAGCCUCAAUGUGGUCGACACGUCCUUCAGCAAGGAGAACAAGUACAGCGGUAACUACCUGCUCGACUCGCUGGGCCCGUGCCUUCUCAACACGCUCAAGGCGCUGGUGCAGCCCAUGUACGUCUACAGCGAUGCGGCCAAACGCACAAUCGCCUUCGUCCCCAACGUGACGGUGUCGAUAUUGGCGCAGGGGGUGCCGACCUUUCCGGUCGUCACGCUGGUGCACGGCCUGAGACUGACCUAUGAACGGGUAUACGGCAAGCCACCGCCCAAGUGGCAGUGUGAUGAGGACGGCUACGGUGAUGGUGGUGGGUGUGAGGACUCUUCUUCUUGCGACGUGAGCUGGCUUCACGCGCUGCAUGACCAGCUGGACCACGUGAUCGCCGAGACCUGCAGAUGGGCACAGCAGUACAGAAAUGAAGAACAGGUGAGAACGAGUGAGUGGCAGGCAGGCCUACUCUAUCGAAUCGAUCGCUGUGUACACCUCUGUGCGCGUGUGUGUCUAUGCACUCAUUGAUCCAUUCAGGCUGGCGUGGCGGACGGAUGCAGCCGCGACUUCCACCCGUGUCGUUCGGAGCUGUGUCACGCCACCGCACUCGACACCUUCAUCAAAAACGCAUUCCACGUAAGCAGCCAGCCAGCCCUAGCUACUGUGUCGACCAAUCGGUUGUCAGCCUGUCUGUCUGUCUGUCUGUCUGUCUGUUUGUGCGUGUGUGGUGUGGUGUGGUGUGGUGUGGUGUGACUGAAGGCGCUGAGCCUGCUGGUGGAGGAGGGCGGCGGCUCGUGUGCGCGUGGCGUGGUGCUGCUGACGGACGGUGUGGUGAGCAUCCCGCGGCAGAUGCACUACGACAACAUACUGAUGCACUGCAACAACGCUGACAUACAACUCAACAUCGUACAGGUCAGUCAGUCAUCACAAACACACCAAAUCACAACACACCGGUCCAUCGCUCAUCCCACUGCUCGUCUUUCCUUCCUCUGUGUUUUGCAGGUUGGCGGCGGCUUCUCGCCAUACAGUCCGAUGGGCAACGUCAGCGACCGGGACGCACUCCAGUUCAUCGCCAAUGCUGCCGGACAGGGCCAGCUCAUACAAGUGAGUUGAUUGCAUCUGUUGAUGUGUCUUAAGACGAGUCUCUUCUCUCCUACUGUCUGUGUGUCAGGACUCUGAUAUAGCCCAGAUGGUAGAAGAGGCGGAGAAGUCACCGAUGCAGCCCUCCGUCAUCCGCCGGCCACAGUCAUCGCCAGCACUCGACGCCACCCCGCUCCUGCACAGCGCAUCAGUCGUGCUCGCGCACCCCUUCGCCACCGCCCCGACCCACCUCUCGCCCUCAACCACCUUCGACGGCGGCCCCAUGCAGGGCGUCAGUGUGAAUCUGCUGCAACGAGCCGUCUUCUGGCGCUACUCGGCUCUCACCGCGCCACAGAUGGACGAUGAACAGUCUCCCCCACUGCCCGCCCUUGUGAGUCUUCCCAGCGAUCCCUUGAAGCCCGGCAAGCCACCGCCAUCCCCGGCGCUCCGCCCAUCGCCCAAGGCCCAAGGACGCUUUGGCUACCGGCAUCAUCUGAAGCGGCUUGGCUGUAAGGUUGAGGCCUUUCAGCCCAUCCGGGGCCUCCCCCUUCGCCCUUUGUCCAGGCAUUCGACAUACAUCGAGUCACUUCCCUUUGGCGAGGGGCCCGACUUCACCCGACGGCCCGUCAGCAUGUCCAGUGUUGCGGUUGACACCUUCCCGCUGAUCACUGGUACGCCAACAGCAGCCGGGGUGGAGACAGCUGACGAGCGCGAUGCGAGAUUGGCUGCCAUCUCUUGGAUGAGGGCGCCCCACGGACAUCAGCAUCAGAGGCGGCGUGCGGCCAUGUCGGUGCGUGGCGAGUGGAGUCGGCUGAAGGACGGUGCCAGGAUGGAGGACGACGGCCCCGCCACGGCUGACGAGGAGGAGAAGUACGUCUACAGCGAGUACAAGCUGACCGGCGUCUCACUGGUGCACAUCAUCAGCUGCCGCGUGCGUGAGGGCUUCCAUCUCGAGAGUGCCCAGGUCCGCACCAACGACGGGCGGGGCGGCGUCGCCGCCCUCCACACCACCCCGCACUCCACCUCCCUCCACCCGAUCCGCGAGACCUCCAGCCACUCUGACUCCCUCCUCUCCGUCGGAUACCAGUCGUGGCUGCACAUCAAGUUCUGUCUGGCCUGGCGGCCCAUGUUCUACAUCUACUACACUGUGGUGGUGCGGCUGACCGGCGGUGGGAGCGAGGGGGGCGAGCUGCAGGUGACGCUGGCCCUCAAGAUGCCGUCCAAGGAGUACGUCAAGCAGAUGAAGCAGAGGCACCUCCUCUCGCAGAGUGGGGCGGGCGGCAGCAGGGGGUACUUUGCCUUUGGGGGGUGGGGACACGGUGAGCGCAGAAAGCAUCGCAUCCACGAGAAACGAUGCAGGAUGCAUAGAUGGCGUGCGUGUAUGUCGCUUCCAUUGCAUUUGUCAGGCCGCGACAGGGUGUCGGGUGGUGGGCUGAAUCCUCCUCACUACUCGUCGUACAAGCAACAAGACCAGUUCACUUUGCAGAUCGAGAAUGUGCUCCAAGGCAUCUACUUCGUCGACGACCAGCUGACCAGAAUCCAGCUGGCACUACAGAGAGGGAGAGAACUGCCAGGGGAGCUGGCGGACCUGCUUGCCCUCCCUGCUGCUCACUGGCACCACCAUUUCCACAUCAGGUCAUUCACACUGCUCUGCAACAACCACAGCCACAGCCACAUGCAGCAGACCAAGGCCAGCUGCUCGCAGCCCAUCCCCCUGCCCCUCCCCCUGCCCACGCCGACCUUGAUGACGCGGGAAGGUGUUGUGAAGGUGGUGCAAGAGUGGGCGCCGAUCCAGCUGCAGAAGGACUUUCGAUACGCCAGGCUGCUGCCGUCCACUGCCAGUGAGAGUCUUCUCUCCGACCACUUUGUGGAUUUCCUUCUCGCCUGCCCCAACGCGACGUUCUUCCAAGAGCCGCAUACACACGGCUAUGGGCCGGCAAUGGCGCAGUCCAUCUGCAUGGUGGAGGUAGAGGACGACAGCAUGGCCUCGCUGUGGGUCAUGGUGGGCUUCCUCGGCGCGUCACCGGUGACGGCAUCAUCCGCCAUCCGAGAGCUGCAGCGGCGGCUGAAUGCGCAGCCAGUGAUACCGGGAUCGCCAUCGACAGCCCUAUCCAUGGAUUGUGUGAAUGGUGUUGGGCUGGUUGUCGGCCCCUCUGUCGGGCAGCUCUUCCCUCUCGAUCACCACUACCCGCCCCGCUUGCCAUAUGUCCCGCGCAUUCACGGCUUCCCUUUCCCUCCAACACGAGGGCCACCCACAUCGUCUCACUCCCACCACCACCGGCGACACCAGCCUGGAGCGUCGCUGCUGCAUCGGGCUGUGUCCGCCCAGCUCACGGCCGAGGACCUUUCGCGAUUUGGGCGGCUCCUGCUUCCCAUUGCUCUAGGUCUGGACGCCCAGGCGGUCGAGACAGAGAGGAAGAAGAACCAAAUGGCGCGGGCCUUUGGGAAGGACCGUGCCCGGCACUUGUCGGCGGUGGGAGUAGUGUCGCCGGCCGACAGUGGGAGUGAGAUGUCAUCAGCGUCUGGAGAGGGGCGCAGAGAGAGAGAGAGGGUUGUGUCGAGGCAUAGGAGCUUCCACACGUACCAGCCGUCAGACGCCAUGCUCGCGGUGAGGAGACAACACACACGGAAGAGUGACUUGACAGACCCACUCUCAUCCACCUGUGCGUGACCUUCAGCACUACUACUUGCGGUCAUCUUGGAGCUGGACGGUGCCCUACGGCCCAGGCCGCCUCAGCGACGUGCUGUCAGACGUCUGCCACAACAUCAUUGGACAGCGGUCGAGCGAGGGGUGGCUGCUCGUUGCCGCCUCGCACCAGCCGGGCGGCCACUCCAUCCUCCUCAUGUGGACGAAGCGGUUCCCCACCGCACAAACCAGACAGCGGGCCAUGAGAAUACCCAGACAGACCGAUGCGUCAACUCUCACCACUGAGGCAGCGGAGGACUCGCCAUUGACUGUGGACACGACAGGCUUCGAUGAGGUCACUGUGAGCAUCGACGACGGGCCGGUCGCCCCACGGCCGCCAACACUGACGAUCGAGGGCACACAGCCAGAUGAGGCGGGCAUCUGUGGAACGACGAGCGUCUUCUUCCAGGUGCUCAUCAACAUCCCCCCGGCAGACAGCACCAGCCCCACGACCGACCCCGCCGGUGGCCACCGGCAGUCCUCGCCGGUCCCCGUGUCACCUCACAUGUACCACCACCACCAGUACGUGCAGCACGAUGCUGCAGCUGCAGCUAGCACGGCGAGGGAGGGUGGUCAGCUGCACCUGCUGACCUCCCUGUUUGUGGAGCCUCAUGCGGGAGGUGUCCGGGAUGACAGGGGCGGCAUCUGCGCGGCGCCGCUGGUGUUCUUCGAGGCUAUCGGUCAGAUGGUGCGGUCGAUGGAUGCGCUGCUGCUGCGGUGCGUCUCCACAGUAGCCGUCACGGAGCUGUGUGCCGGCAUCAAGCGGGAGGGAGGCGAGAGCUGCCCCCCGGUGUGUCAGAGCCUGCCCCGUGCACCGACGGAGCCGCCGGCCAGUGGUGCGUGCUCGGAUCCCUCCAUCGAGGCCAUGCCACCGGCUUCCAUUGCCCGCAGCAUAUCCCCCGCCAGCUCUCCCCGGCCGGCUGACGUCGGACACAACGCCAUCAUGGAGGUGACCGAGUGGACGUACGUGGGCGCGCACACGGCCACACACCUCACGCAAGCUGCGGAAGAGCAGCCGAAGAUGGUCCACCGCGCCGACCGGCGGCCUCCCCUGCCCCCCAUCAUCCCAAUCAGGACCGGCCCCCAUGCGCAUCCGAUGAGCCCCACAUCGCCGCUCUCUCGCGUCAACAGCACCGCCAGCAUCACGUCUGUGGGAAGCUUCUGCACACCCAAAGGCCUUCAGUCGCCUGCAGCAGCAGUGGCAGCCCGGCCGCUGACUCAGGUGACAUCACUGCCUCAACUGAUGGAGGUGGGCGAGGCGGCGGCCGUGAUGAGGAGGGAGACCAGCAUGAUGGCGCUGAGGGUGCAGCAGCAGCAGGAGGCGGUGGGGGAGAGGACGGGUGAGCGUGGUGAGACUGAGAUGGUCACGUACCGGCAUGAGCAGCAGCUGGGCAGCCGCUGGUGCGAGCUCAGCGGCUACCUCCUCUCUCUCAGCCCCGAUGAAGACGGUGGGCACACGAAAGCACGGGAUGGACGCACUAGCACUCGUAUGUUCGUGUGUCUGUGUGUGUGGUGUGCGUUAUGUCUGUGUCAGAUUUGGCUUCCCUGCUCCAUGCCCGCAUCGGUGGCAGCAAGGUGUACCAGCUGCCCUCAUUCCUCCUCUCCCAGGUCGUCCAGCUGCUCACCUCGCGAACCGGGGACAACUCACCCAAACGAAGGAAGAGCCAGCCAAUCAGGAGAGGGGCACCACAGCAGCAGCAGCAGGGGCAAACGGCCAAGCCCGGUGAGCAACAUGUCCGGCCCCGCACCUCUGAUGACGGCGAGUGGGUAGGAGUGCAAGACGACGACACACACGAGGGUGACAGCAGCAGCGGUAGCAGCAGCAUCGGCCGGAUGAUGUGCUGGGUGGGCUUCCACUAUCUUCGCGGUUGCGCCUUGUUCCUGCUGGAGGAGUUGCUCGACGAGUUCCUGCUCGAGAUGGAGAUGCUCGGCACGUGGUCGCUCCGUAUCGACCCAGACCAGCAGGUGCGCGAGGCACAACGGCAGCGACAGAAACGGAAGACCAAGAAGGAGAAGGGAUCGCUCGGUGCGAGGAGCGAUGCCCACCCAUCGCUGACGGUGCAUAUCCCUCGGAGGGAGGGCAAGGAGUCGGAAGUGGAGAGUCUGGGUGCCUCCACUCCGGCAUCGCUCGCCCCUCCCGCCUCGGCCAAGGACGGUGACUCGCCUGUGGAGUCCACACCCACACCGCUCUCGUCCACCGACACCAUCAAGCCUGCUUCUGGUGCUGGUGCUGGUGGCGACCAUGGCCAUGGCCAUCAUCACACGCAGCCGUGCCACCCCGGUCGCUACUUCAUCAAGCUGCUGGAGGGAGGGGGCAAGAAGCAGGAGAGAGACCAUGACCACCACCACCGCCGGCACGCGGUGGUGGUGUACAUCCGGUCGCGGCGCAAGUCGAUGCGAGACCUUCUCGAGGUGCUCUGCAGCCAGCCAGUGGCCAAGAAUGGGGGGCCGCACCACAGCAGCACACUGCUGAUGCCAUGGGGCACGGCAGAGGGUGACAGGGAGCAGAGCAAGGAGGGGGAGCUGUCGCCGAGCAGCUCCGGCUCGUCUGCAAGCACCGAGUCUCACCCCUCCGGCACCCCUCACCACCACCAUUUCGUCACCAGUGAGGGCGACGCUGCUACGGGAGCGGCGAUGACCGUCCAGAUCCACAUCUGCGACACCAGACACAUCACCCUGCAUCGCGACAAGGCCACGGACAGCGGAUUCGGCAGCUACUUCCGCCGCGGACGAGGUGACACCACAGCCGCGUCGAAAGGAGUGGACGACACGAGUGAGCGAUUCAGAGGCCCGAUCGACCACGUCCUGGACAGUCUGAUGAAGGUGUAUGACUACUUCUACGCCAAGUCCGUCUACUGCCACUCCCUGCUGAGCCUCCCGGUAACCGCGGCGGAGCGCGAUGCUGCCUUGCGGCUGUGCCACAUGAGCAAGGCUGCCGUCCCUCUCCACUCCAUUGCGAGCACCAUGGCCGACAUCAGCUUGGGGUGCAACGAAGCCGUGGGUGGUGGCAUCAGGAGGAUCCUGCAGUGUGCCGAUCAGCGGCUGCUCACCGUCCUGGCCGACCAUGGCUUCCACCCCUUCCCCGUGUCAAAGGCCAGCUGGCGCCCUCGCCCCUCAGCUGCCAGCCCGCCUCUGACCACCGCCUCCGUCAGAGACGACGCUGUCACAGCCAGAGAGCCAGCGAAGGACGGUUCCAUGACCACACCAGCAAUGGCGGUGGGAAUGGGCGUCAGCCGCGAGCACUCCCGCCGCCGGUGGGUGGAGAAGCGGCAGCGGUCUUUUGCGUGUCUCGACAGAGUGGAGGCUGGGGCGUCGCUCUCGGAGAUCUACUUGGCCUUCGACCCUCGCCACGAGACGCGAGCACAGCGAGGGGUGGGCACCACCCAAGUGUACGAGCGCUUCGACAAGGAGGAUGCGCGUGCACUGCUGAAGCAGCCGGUGGUCUUCUUGCGGCUGGACGUCGUGCGCACCCCCACCCCUUCCCCGCAUGCACAGCAGAGUCCGGCCGGGGCCGGGGCCGCUUCCUCGUCGCCGGUGCAGCCGCUCACCUUCGACAGGGGGCUGUCCACUGACGUCGCCGAGAUGGUGCUCUUCGAGAGCAUUCUGCGCGACGAGAGAUGCGCGUCAUGCAGCGUGCGAGUGACGAUGUACUACCUCCAUUCCCACCCUUUCCACCCACACCACUCGACCCCUCACAGGAAGCAGAGCUCUCAGGACACACCGUCGCCCUCUCAGGUCAGGUGGGAGAGAGAGGACAUGGUGGAUGGAGGUGGGAUGGCGGUGUGUGUGUGUAUCAGGGUGGCGUGUCUUCCAUGCUGCGGUCGAUUACCGACGAGAUGUCUGUGGUCCUGAAGGAGGCCCAGCUGGACCUCCUCAGGUACACCCUGCCGAUGGUGGUCACGGCCACCCAGCAGCCCACCCCGACAGCCCAGGCAGUUCAGAUCCGGCCGCCCGUCCCUCCAUCAACACUGCUACUACGGCCCCCUUCAUCGACUUUCGCCCUGCUGCUGUGGAGACUUCUCUCGUCAACCAUGGCCCAGCGGAGGCACAUUCCGGCGAUUGAGGACGUCACCGCGACGAAAGGCUUUGAUGAGGAGAGUUCCCAUGCCCAUUCACCCGGUGCACCCGUCGACACCCCUGUGGCCACGCCGGUGGCUGACAGGGAGAAAGACCAAAACCAUGGACGGCAAACGGACAGGCCACCGUUACCGAUAGAGCCCCCUGCACCACGACCUCUGUCAUUGCUGCGGCAGUACGGCAUCUCACUGUCGUCUCUGGUGGACAGCCACGGCCAGCGGAAGAAGCACAGCGGUGUGUGGGUGUCGUAUCAGCACCCGCUGCCGAUAUUGCGGGACCUGGUGGGCCAGGAGGGUUUUGAGAACGUCGUCGGUCUCGGGGGUGUGAUGGCGUUGCCACUUAUCGACUACGGAUGUGAGACCCUUAUCCACCUCAUGAGACACACCAAGUGAGCCAGUGACGUGACAGCGGGAGAGACACGCGAUCGCAAAGCGCAUCGCAUCUCGUGUGUCUGUGUGUGCAGCUGUGUGGUGCUGCCUCACGGAAAUGUCCGUCCCCGGAUGGCCAUCGGGCGCCUCCCAGUGCAGGGAAUCGGCGGCGAGAUGCUGGUGUGGCUCCCCCAGCCCCCUUCCGUCCGGCGUGAGGCAGACUGGCUCACGCACAUGCUCGACGGCGUCCUGCUGGAAGGCCUAACCCCUCCCAGCAUCAAGGACUCAACACAGAGCCCUGCACAAGAGGAGCCCAUCGCAGACACACACGCCCCGCUCCCCGCAGACACACAAGGAGCCGAGUACGUCACGGAGUGGGUGGUAUUCCAGCUGCCGCAGCGGUGGCAGCUGCUCGACGAUGGCACAAGCAGCCACAAGGCCCGCGGCAUGUCCAAAGCGAUGCCACGUGCGCCAUCCCUGGCUUCCAGCAGCAAGAGCAAGGUCAUGACGGCCAGGCCGAUGAUGCGACACGUCGUGAGAGGCGGUGGGAGGGAUAGAGAGGCAGCAGACAGUGAUAACGCCUUCGCGCCGCCAGUGACGUCACGGAGGGCCCAGAUGCAGAGCAGGUCAAGGUCAAGGUCGCGACAGCACACAGCCACACAUGAGGGGGGAGGGGCCGAGACCGAGGAGCCACCAGUCGAGGAUGCGACGGUCCACGAGGCGGCGUCUGUCAAAGCCCUGACCAACCGGCGGCUGCAGCAGCAUCCAUCGAGGGCCGAGGGCGAGGGAGGCCGCUUGAUGCACAUCGGCAUUGAGGUCUACUUUCCCGCCACUGCCGCUGCGUUGAGCAGCAGAGGCGAUUUCGAAAGGUCGGUCGUACGGCUGCUGGAGGACUGCUGUGGCUACCUGCAGUGCAUGUGGCGGGCGGUGCUCAAGAGUGCCCUCAUGCGCAAGGCCAAGGAGACCGGCCACCUCUCGCCACACAUCUACAGGCCUCUCGAGGAGCUCACCGAGGGCGACACCCCUCACCGCACCAUGACGCCAUCCGAGUUCCUCAUGCGAGCAAUGCAGAUGCAGACGGAGGCCAUAAGACUCCUUCCGCCGAUGCUGCCGCCCUCGGCGCCACACCCCCUGGCCAUCCCGCUGGUCUCGUCGGUCUCUGUGAGGAUACCCCGUGUUCUCUAUGACGUCAAGAUGAUUCAGUGGAUAACUGGCGAGUCCGCAGCCGGCAGCCAGGCGGCGCAGGCCCUGGCGCUGCGACACACAUCGGCCAUGCGCAAGCAGCAGCAGAUGGCCGCUAGUGUGGUCCGACAUCAACAGCAGCAGCAGUCGCCGACGGAGAUGCCCAAGUCCGCUCUCAGCUCGCUGGCCUUCUACUCGCCCAGUUAUCUGGCCUUACACUCGCGACAGAAGCACUUUUUCUUCCUGAGGCCGCGAUACACCAAGUCACAGGUCAAGCCGGUCAGCAUCGAUGUCGGCAGUGGGAGGGGUGGUGAGGAGGUGGUGGUGCACCUGUCUUUGGACAUCCACGGCCUGGCGCCGAUCGAUGCCGAGGACGUCGGUGAGGUGGAGCGGCAGCUGCAGCGGGACGUCGAGAACCUCGCACUGCACACCAUCACCAGGUCAGUCAGUGAGGCUUGUAUGUUGGGUGAAUGGGACACAGACGACACGUGCAGUGCACUCGUGUGGUGGUGUGGUCAUGCGUGAUGCGAUGAAGGUAUGGUAAGACCCCCGGGUCGUCUGUCGGUGAGUCAGAGGAUGGCGGCCCCUCGUCGAUUCCCAUCAGCCUGGCGAUCGACUUCAUCAAGGCCCACGACCCUGCCCCGGUUGCACAGCUCGCCCUCGCCCUUCCGACGGCCCACCUCUGCCCCCUACUGCUGCAGAACUCCUGUCAGUGUGGUGGUGCGCCACUGAGCCUGACACCUGUCCGGUUCUUUGACCACUUCCAAAGGUGUGUGAGCAGCCUGUAUGUGAUCCUCAACACCAAGCAGCAGGGCCCCCAGCCCCCACAGCCGCAGCCACCGCCCGCAGACGUUCCUCCAUCGCGAGAGCGUACCCCGCCAUCAGCAGACACACACACCGCCACGCCAGCCCCAGCCAGCCGUGACCCGAGCUGCGAGUGGGACACAGCGACAGACACCGACGGCCAAUCAGAUGAGGGGCCGUGCAUGGUGCUGCUGUACAGAGGACAGCACUUGCGCGACGCCGCAGCGUCCGCCCCUUCCCUCGCCGCUCUGGGUGCCGACCAGCUGCGGACGGUGGUGGACCGGUGCGGCGAGGGCAUCGCCAUCAUCCAAGUCAAAUUCAGCCAACAGGAAGGCCAGAGGCAGGGGACAGCAGCGCCGCCAUCGCGAAGAACACUAGACAGGAUGGAAGCAUUGUCACGGCUGCAAGAGGGGCUGCGUGUCCACAGGGAGGGCGAUGAAGCAGUGGUGGAGGUGGAGCCGACAUCCGAUGGCAUGGUUCGUCGCGGCCGCCUGUCGAUUGAGGUUUGGGGCAAGCAGGUCCAGAGCUACGAGCUACUGGCCACGCUGGAGGCACUGGCAUACAGGGCAUACCACGAAGCGCUCGCAGAGGUACGGUGACAGACAACCAACGCACCGCCACAUCUGUGAUUGUGCAUGUCUGUCUGCAGAUGUGGCCGUCGGCCCUGGUGCUCGCCGCCAGCCGACAAGGAUGCCCCAUGCCGCCCGCCACACUCUCACAAAUCGAGCGCUUCAUCUCCAACCACAUCGAGGCCGCCCACGGCAUCACUCCCGCCUCGACAGGCGAUAUGCUGACCACAGGGUGGGCAUGGCAGACCUUCCACUCCCUCCCACCGGGUGUCCACUACGCACACACGACGCUCAAGGUGCCACGGCAGCUUCCCAUGUGGGCAACGCCCCACAUCGUGACGGAACUGGCGAGCAUCAACGACCAGCUCACCAUGACGGGCUACCUGACGUGCUGCCAGCGGGUGGUGGAGGAGGCCUCUGAGAGUGAGGGUGUGCAGCGGGGCCCGCUGGUCCGCAGCAGCACUGUGGACACGCCCCAUCAGGGAGGGGGAGACCGGCCAGACACUCGAGACCGCAGCAGAAGCGAAGAUGCCACUCCGCAGCAGUGCGAGGAGAAGAAAGAUCCAGGUGGUGAACCCCCCAACAUGGCCAUGCAGCCGCUGUGCACGGCUGCUGUGGUCCCCGUCUCAGCGGCGUUCUCUCACUGCUUCACGCAGCCAGCAGCUAACGACCACCGGCAAGGCGGUGUGUUGGCCAUCCCGCCCCCUGAUGCUGAACCAGUGCGGCAACUCAUGGACAGCCUUGCUACCAGCCACCGGGAUUCACUGUGGACGCUUCUCAUCGUCCCUGCAGACAGCUCUGAGCGGCCUCCGGUAGUUUUCGCCACGUUGGGUGCCGACUACGUGUCUGUGCACGCCUUCAACAUGCCCCUGCAGUGGGCGGAAGGGACGGGGAAUCGGCUGAAGGAGUCCAUCAGCUGGAUGUUGCUGCGGUCGGUCUUCUUUGACCAGCUGACCAUGUGUGCAGUGCCGAUGAUGCCGCACCAGGAGCCGAUGAAGGGGCUGAGUGCGUGUGUGACGGAGCUCUUCCCCUGGGUCAAGGGUGCUCAGCACGAGGACGGCGCAGAAGCGGCGACAGAUGACCGCAUGCACUCGGUGGGGGGGGAUGAAAGGCGUCUGCUCUUCCACCAUCGGCUGCUCGACAGAUGCUCCGGACUCGCAGACACCCUCCGACACCCCAAAUUCACUCUAUUCCAGCUGCCCUUCCCCGUCGCCAGAGCGCUGAUCGACUCGCCCACACCCCCUCCCAGACCACCAACAGCCCCCCCUGCUGACCAGCCGACCUAUGAGCAAGCCACACUCGCCCCCAAGUUGCCGGAGCAGAUCGAGAUGGCCCCUGCAGCGUUGCCUCUCAGCAAAGGUUUCUACACGCCAUCUCCUGUCCGGGCGUCGGUGUUCCCUGGGAUGAGGCGGCGAGGCCGCGGGCACUUCGCAUUUGGGGGCGGAGGGGGCAGGAAGGAGCGGCUGACCCCUGAGAGACCUGUGGAGAGUGACACGGUGUCUGUCGCGAGUGAGGGCGACAUGGGCAAGGAGGGGAGGCCCAUGGUGACCUUUGAGGAUAUGGUCAUCGAGCUGGAUGACGGUGAUAUUGAGACCGAGACUGCAGUGGUGGGGGAGGAGGCAGAGACCACUGAGGAAGUGUGGGAGCUGGGCGUUGAGGGCCGGCUGGAGCACUGGGUGGAUCUCACGCCCCUCUACGGCCAAGACGACACUGCUGCUGUCGCCGUCGGCCCUUUCGCAGACCCACGGGAGUCUGCUGCUCCCACACCACGUGGGCUGGCAUCACUCGAGGCCAUGUGCCGGCACCGCGCCCGGCAGACCGCCCUUAGGAGCCUCCUCGCAGCCACACUUGCCAGACACCGACAGUGUGCAUCGUCAUCCCUCCUGGCCAGGCUGCUCGACAGUGUGCUUAGGGUGGGUGGCGGUGCGGACGGUGAGCUCGACCAUUACCUUGUCGGGCAGGCGGCGUUGAUGACGCUCACGAACGGGUGGCUUCUUCCCUCUGCGUCGGCCGAUUUGCAGCACGAGAUGCUGGUGGCAUGCUGGUUGGUCAACAGGGGAUGGGUGGUGGGCUCGCCGGUGCUGCACCCGCUGUACUACCAUGCGGGGGACAUCCCUUCAUCUGCAGAGCCUUUGGAAGCCAUCAAGUCGCCGUCAGUGACAUCGCUGGCCUCACUGGUACCAUCAGUCCAGCCCGUGAAGCUGGAUUCUAGCCUGUCAGUCAUGCCUUUGUUCUGUUCUGUCUGUAUUAGGUGUCGCCGGGCAUGUUGCUGCAGCGGUCGGCCAGCGACGCCGCCCUCACGUCAGAGAGGCGCAAGGAUGAUGACGACGGGCCUCACCCCACCGACAGCGCUGUGCGAGUGGUGAUGCCGCCCGCCUUCUUCCCUCUUUACCUCUACCACCACCAGCCGCCCGCCGCGCCACCCACAGGUGUCAGCGAGCCGUCGGUGCUGAGGGCGGAGAGAGAGACCUUCGUCACGAGAGUGGUGGGCCACAUCCAGGCCUCCCUCUUGGCCAGGGGCUUCGUCAUGCUGACCUCCUUCGCCGGGCUGCUGCCGUACUCGCCCAAUCCUCACAUCAAUGCUGCCGUUGAAGGGUUAGUCGGCGAAUACCUAAUGGAGACGAACACACCCCAACACACAUCACACUAUCUGUUGGAUUGGCGUGUGGCCGUGUAGGGACGUCCGAGAGGCCCAGAGCUUCGUGUUCGCUCUCACGUGUGAGGACGACAGCGGGCCGGGCGUCCUCAGGGGCACGCUGAUUGUGCCGGUGACAGUGGCCAUCUCGCCCGGCAGCAGCAGCAGCAGUGGUGCCCCAACCAUGACGAUUCACGCGCUGUGGAUGCCCCCAGCCACACUGCACGGCCCGUCCGCCGACGACGUACCAGCAGAGAAGCAGCUGGCGUGGCUGCGGCAGCUGGCGGUUGAAGAGAUCCAUCAGUGUCUUCGGCGCCUCCAUGCUGUUCAGGCCCAGCUGGUGAUCCAGCAGCAGAUUCGGCCAUCACCGCUCCAAAUGGGCGUCGACGUCUGGCGGUGGCUCGGUCUGGUGAUGCAGCACUACUUCCAGGAGGCCUCAUCUGGGAAUGACGAUGCGACUCUGCCUCUCCCGCCCCCGGCGCUCGGCACCUCGGUCUUCUCUCGAGGCGCCACACUCUUCGCCCAAGCCGUGUCGGCGGUCUCUGAGAGAAUCCGGGGCAGCCGCACCGUCAUGGUGGCGGGCAGCCUGUCGGCCUCUGUAAGGCGCGAGCAGAGUGCAGACGGGGAGGAGCAGGCCGUCGCGAGCGCAUCGGAGGGGGAGGAUGGGACUAGGGACACGCACGAGUUUAGUGGCACGGCGGAUGCCGAUGCGUUGCUGCGGUUCUUCCGUCUUGACGGCUGGCGGUUCGGCAUGGCGGCGGUCAAGGAGCGGUCACCAUCGAACAGACCCACACCUGACACCGAGAUGGUGGUCCAUGUGCACCCUCCACCGGCCGACGAUGGUGAGGCCUCCGUGGCCAUGACGGCUGUGGCUGUGGGUGUGGCUGAAGACCCCUUGCGCAGAAAGGAUGAGGCGCCCCACCUGCUGCUGAUGCCGACCAGGGACCUCACUGGCCUGGCACACUCAUUCAGGUGGGUGACCAAACGGAACAGUCAGAUGCCACACCACACAGACAGCGGAAUAAUGAGCCAGGGGGGAUCACGCUGCUGCCAGCAUAGCAUUCUUGGCCCUGGUUGUCAGGUCGCGGGCGACAUCUGAUUUCCUGAUCCCCCCUGGCUCGUCAGCGCCCCUGCAAGGUGUGCGAGAAAGAAGAAGCCUUCCCAGGCUCAAUCAAUAUUACUCAUUGCCUGGCCUGCAUGCAGUGGUCGGAGCCCUUCAAGACUGCCACCACCACCACCUCCUCUCAUCUACUGCUGGUACCAGCUGGUACGGCAUUGUCUUGCGGCCCUCCAUGGUAAUGAUGCACAAGGCCUCUCGACCUGCAGCACCGCUGCCACCCGACAGAAGGUGGCACAUGAGCCGGCGGGAGCGUGUGAGCCUCGCUGCGCGUCGUCUGGCCCACGCUCGGGCCCUCCUGCCUGCCACCCGACGGACCCCUCAGCUGACGCUGACCCCCUCCCUGUCUCCCGCACCCCCUCCCACACUAGCGGAGGCACACACCCCGCCCCUCUCCCUCAGUGCCGGUGGUGGCUGGCGCCAGUCGCCCCUCGGCCUGACACCCGGCAGCAAUGGGCAUGACGAGACGCCAUCGCCGGCCACGCCUCAAGCGCGGCUGGCCAAGGACAGUGGUGUUGGUGAUGUGAGGCGGAGGCAGCAACUGCGGCUGGAUUACCGUGUUGUGGGGAUCGGCUGUCCCGUCAGAGGGCGUCAACAGAAUGGUAACGUGUCGGCGGCGGUGUGCAAGAUGGCAGCGGACCGGUAUGCCGUUCAGCACUUCCGAGGCCUCCUCUACAGCCCCGAUGCCACCACACUUCUCGAGCUUCCCGAGUGUGCUGCCAGUGGUGGUAAUAAUGACGAGCAGCUCAGCCCCACCAGACGGACACAGGAGGCGCGCAAGAGCGCUGCAGAGGACAGGGCGACGGUCCGGUCGAGCAUCGACGAGGGACUCCGUGAGGUGAUAGGACUGGCCCGCACAGCGAUCAGGGCUAGCAGCCAGUGGGAAACACUGCGCACACUCACGUCUAAGGGGCUUCUUCGGCUGCCCGGCUCCUUUCCGUCGCCCCACACCAGCAGCACCAAGACAGAGCAGAUGAUGACCAUACAGUGGCGGGCCAUCGAGCGACUGGCCUUCUACCAAGCGCCUAUCAUCCGCUGUGCGGCACAGAUGGACAUCGGCCGGACGGAGAGCGAGCCGGCAGUGUCAUCUGUGAGGGGCGAGGAUGGGGGGGCUGCCGUGGUAGGAAGCCUGUUGUCAGCCAAUGUGGAGAGGCUGCUGGCGGGCGCGACGGUUGUGCAGUGGUCAGAGUGCUGGUCGAGCUUCCUGCAGGAGGUGGUGACCGCCCGGCGCAGCAUCGCCCACUUCCUCAACACGACCAACCUGAGCGGAUUCACUCUCGCAUCGGCACUGGCCGAUACCGGCGUGGCCUUCGUCUACAAGGGCAACCUUAACACCCCCCUGCACGCAGCAGCGACGGCGGCCAAUCCGCUGGCCCUGCCGGACCUGUCAGGCCUUUACACUGGGUAUGCAUCGUUCACCUGCCCCCCGCCCGCCGUCAAGUCGCCCGUCAUCGCCGCGCUGCCAUCCCCGCUGUCGCCCCCUCUGCUGCCCUCACCACCUCCCUCUUUCAUGCCGACUCAUGAUGACAGCACCGACCAGCCCACAGAGGAAGGGACAUUCCUUCACGCCUGGUUCGCCCCCGUGCAGAGCCGACGGAGGCGGCGAGAGAUGGAGGUGACGAAUCAGCUCUUCUACUGGGACUCCAACCUGUCGCUGCUGCUGAGGGUCAUGCGGGCACGGCAGAGGGAGAACCAACAUGCCGGGAACAGAGAGGCGACGGGCAGGGGUGACUCGGCAGGAUCGCCGGCAUCGUCGGUGCCGGCCCUGCAGCGGCAGAACGUGCUCAUCACAGUGGAACUGCAGCCCUCGCUGCCCCGCAUCGCCUCCCUCUCCUCACUGUGGGGCGCCACAUCGGCAUCAUCGGCAUCGCCAUCACCGUCUCGGAACAACCCCCUCUCACUCUCACGAAGGACCACUGUCGACGGCAAGUGGACAUUUGUCGACCACCGAAGCCUUCCCCCGAUCCCCACUGCAGCCACCCUACCCCCCUUUACCUCCACCGCCCCGAUGCAGAGCCCCGCCCACGCACACGUGCCGCCGCCUCCGCACAGCGGCUCCAUGCAGUCUGUCGGCAGCCGGCCUGAGAGCCCUCAUGGCGCCCUGGGCGUGGAAGCGGUCGAGCCGGGCAUCAAGGGGGUGAGGAUUUUGUCCAACGUGCCGAUCGACUUCGCCUUUUGUUUCGAGCGGCCACCAGUGACAUUGGCGGAUGACAGACAUGGCCAGCAUCCGCCAAAUGAAGAGGGCGAGAGCUUCUUGACGGUCACCCCCCGGAUGCGAGCCAGUGUGGGAGGCAUCGAGAGCAGCGGUCUGUCCUCGACUGACGAGCACCUUCAUGCGACCACUGACGAUGAAGGUGGAGCGAUGCACGCCGCUGAAUCGUUCCUGGACUACACAGACGCGGGGCAGCAACACGACGAGUGCACCUUCUUCGUCUACGGUGACUCAGCGAUGACGGAAGAGCGGCUCGAGGGCGAUGUUUGUGGUCUGGCGAUGCGGCCGUCCUCCCAGGCAGACGUGGAGUCGGCCUGUCACCUCAGCCAGGCGUCGCCGUCUUUCCGCCCCAUUGCUGAGUCGGAGAUGCUGCCCAUGGGCGACACAUCCGACGCCUCUCUGCUACCCCUCCCGUCACCCGACACCACCAGCAGCAGCAGCAGAGGCGUCCUUGGCUCUCUGGAAGCCCAUCUGCAGGUGCUUAAGGACAGUCAGGCUCUCGAGAAUGUGGACCUGAGCAGCCUCGGUGUGUGUCAUGGUGGCGACGAAGACACCGUGCCGGCGCUCCCCGACUCCGAGACGAGCGGGUCGAGCCGCUCUCUGCUCGGUGACUACAUGCGGCAGAGACACAGGGCGUCUGUGGCAGCUGCUGCGCCCGUUGUUGAUAGCGCUACUGAUGCUGAUGCUGUCGAUGGGGACACGUGUAGUGGUAGAGAUGGGGGUCAUGAUGAUGAUGAUGAUGGUGGUCACGGUGGUGUCGAUAGGGAUCAUUAUGAUGGGGGUGGGAGGUGUGCUACAACUGUAGAGGUGUCUGCGUCGAGGGAUUUUCUGUCGGCUGCUGUGGGCUAUGUCAUGGCCUGGGUCUUCAGGAACGAUUUAUUGGGCUUCCCUGACGCACCAUUCCGGUGACACAAACAUACAUGUUUGUCUGCAUGGCACGGUGGUGUGCAGUGUGCAGUGCAGUACCAGUGCGUGAUGUACGUCCCGGCCGUGUGUCUCACCAAUCCC